CUCGUGAGAGAGAGCGAGCAGGCCGGUCGGUGAGAGAGGAGCAGGCGGGGGAGCGCGAGCCAGCCGCGGAGAGAGCAGACCUGGUGGAGCGCGAGGACUGAGAGAGAGAGAGCGAGCGAGAGAGAGAGAGGGGGAGAGAGGGAGAGAGAGGGAGAGAGUGAACAAGAAGAGAGAGAGAGCGAGGAACGUCAGGGUCCGGGUGCCCGAGGGACGCACGACACGGAGAGGGGGAGGUCUUGGUGAGCGAGUGAUCGUCCAGCUGACAGACAGAGUGAAUGAAGCUGCACCUGGUGCUUCUGAGGGCUCUUCCCAUGUUUUGAUUUGCACCAUUUUUUACUUUCUAAACUUGGUUUUACCGAGCCGCUCCCUGCCAUGCCGUCCAACAGUCCUGCUGCCGCUGAACCGCCCCAGACGCCGGAGAACGACACCUCCAUUGAUGUGAGUGAAGAUGGAGUAGACCAGGACAGUCCAGAGGAGGGGACGCCAGCAAGUCCCCGCAACAAACGCCGAGUGGGUCGUCCUGGCAGGAAACGCAAACAGCUGCUUCCUGAGAUGGCAACCUCUGACCCUUGUGCAAACGCCCCCCCAACUCCACCUGAGGAGCCAGAGCCCUCCCCCUCCCCUCGCAAGAAGCGUGGGAGACGGAAACUAGAGCAAACUGAGAAGAAUAAAGAGGAGCCAGACGACAGAAACUGCGACUCCCCCAGAGAGGGUGAGACUGGGAGGCUGCGACGGAGGCCUGUUCCCAGAGUGACUUUCCAGGCCGGAGAUCCAUACUACAUAAGCCGGAGGCAGAGGGAAGAAUGGCUCAGCCGCUGGAAGAUGGAGGCAGAGCGUCGGGCUUACAGGGAAGCUGAGAUGAACAUGAUGGAUGACCUAUCAGAGGGCGACUUUCACAAAGAGGAGGAGCCUGCCAGCCCGGCUCCACCCCCCUCACAGCAGCACACAGACCCCGCCUCUCCUACAGUUGCCGUAACGCCGGAGCCAGUUGCCAGGGGAGACCAGGGCACGCCCAGUGAGAUAGAGUACCAGGAUGGCCGGGGCUUUGGCAUCGGUAAUCUGGUGUUUGGGAAGCUGAGGGGUUUCUCCUGGUGGCCGGGCCGGAUUGUUUCCUGGUGGAUGAGCGGCCGGAGUCGAGCUGCAGACGGCACUCGCUGGGUCAUGUGGUUUGGAGACGGCAAGUUUUCAGUGGUUUGCGUGGAGAAGCUGAUGCCUCUGAGCUCAUUCUCAUCCGCCUUCCACCAGCCCACCUACAACAAACAGUCCAUGUACCGGAAAGCCAUCUUUGAGGCUCUGCAGGUGGCCAGUGUGCGAGCUGGGAGGCCCGUUCCUUCCUGUGAUGCCAGUGAUGAUGCAGAUGGGGUGGAGCUUCAGACCCGAGAGAUGAUCGAGUGGGCAAUGACUGGUUUCUUACCCAGUGGGCCUCAAGCACUGGAUCCUCCAGAGGAGGAACAAAAUCCAUAUAAGGAAGUGUACCCAGAGAUGUGGGCGGAGCCUGAAGCCGCAUACACACCUCCACCUGCCAAGAAACCUCGCAAGAACGCAGCGGAGAAGGCGAAGAUCAGAGAGGUGAUUGACGAAGGGACCAGAGAGAGACUCAUAUUUGAGAUCAAAAAGAAGACCAGAAACAUUGAAGAUAUCUGCAUCUCCUGUGGAAGUCUCAACGUGUCUCUGGAGCAUCCUCUGUUCGUUGGAGCCAUGUGUCAGGGCUGCAAAAAUUCCUUCCUGGAGUGCGCUUACCAGUAUGAUGAUGAUGGCUACCAGUCCUACUGCACCAUCUGCUGUGGAGGCAGGGAAGUGCUCAUGUGCGGCAACAACAACUGCUGUAGGUGUUUCUGCGUGGAGUGUGUGGAUCUGUUGGUCGGAGCCGGUUCAGCAGCCGCUGCCAUUAAAGAAGACCCCUGGAACUGCUACAUGUGUGGACCCCGCAACACAUACGGGUUACUGCGGCGACGGGACGACUGGCCCUGCCGGCUACAGCACUUCUUCGCCAACAACCACGAACAGGAGUUUGAACCAGCCAAGCUGUUUCCUCCAGUGGCAGCAGAGAAAAGGCAGCCAAUCAGAGUCCUGUCGCUGUUUGACGGCAUCGCAACAGGUCUGCUGGUGCUGAAGGAUUUAGGCAUCCAGGUGGACAAAUACGUAGCGUCUGAGGUAUGUGAAGACUCCAUCACUGUCGGCAUGGUCCGUCACCACGGCCGCAUCAUGUACGUGGGGGAUGUUCGCAAAGUAACCCGCAAACAUAUCGAAGACUGGGGACCAUUUGACCUGGUGAUCGGAGGAAGCCCCUGUAAUGACCUCUCGAUAGUCAACCCAGCAAGAAAAGGCCUUUAUGAGGGAACCGGACGGUUGUUUUUCGAGUUUUACCGUCUUCUACACGAGACUCGACCGAAACCAGGUGACGAGCGGCCAUUCUUCUGGCUCUUUGAAAACGUCGUGGCCAUGGGAGUCAGCGACAAACGGGACAUCUCCCGCUUUCUAGAGUGUAACCCGGUGAUGAUUGACGCCAAGGAGGUUUCUGCUGCCACCGAGCCCCGGUAUUUCUGGGGAAACCUGCCAGGCAUGUCCAGACCUCUCGCACCGAUGGCAAAUGACAGGCUGGAUCUUCAAGAGUGCCUGGAACACGGCCGGACAGCCAAGUUUGAGAAGUUGCGUACGAUAACGACACGCUCCAACUCUGUGAAGCAGGGGAAAGACGAGCAUUUCCCCGUUUUCAUGGACAACAAGGAGGACAUCCUGUGGUGUACGGAGAUGGAGAGGGUGUUCGGUUUCCCCGUCCACUACACUGACGUGUCCAACAUGAGUCGUCUGGCCAGGCAAAGGCUGCUGGGACGGUCCUGGAGCGUCCCCGUCAUCAGGCACCUCUUCGCGCCGCUCAAGGAGUACUUCGCCUGCUACUAGUCACGCACCGACUCUCUCUCUCUCGCACUCACACACAUAAAACAGUAUGUAACGACAGACACACACAGGCCACUACACACAGGAACACAGCUAGUACAUGAAGGUUGGCUGACAUUAGACAGAAACACACACAAACACACACAUACUGUAAAGGACUGCUUCCCUUCGUAGAUCCCGUGUAGACCACUGGCCGCCCUUAGUCCCCUGGUGCUACCUUGCUCCUUAAAGCAGAGCUGAUCUAUUCACACUCAGACUUCCUGUCCGAUCUUGAAACUGAUGUCUUCUGGCUUUACUGUGUUGUAGUAGCUGGAGUUCAAACCUCCAGGGGGCGCUAAACUGACAAAGACCCCCCCCCCCAGCUUUCUGUCUUCAACAUCUCUCUGAACCCUCUGAACCGUAGUGACAGAACACAGAUGUACACAAACACAACUGAUAACACUUGUGGUGCUGGUCAGGCAGUGAUCCAGUAUAAAUGGUGCCACUUCAACUCAACACUUUUACAGUUUUUGGUGCUCUAAGAGACUGAACGGUCUCUGGUUGUUUUAAGUCGCUGCGGUUUUGUCAUUAAAAGUGAGUUUAAGGAAAAGUUACGGAAGCAAACGAGGGAGAAACACCAGGCAAGAACAGCAACAAGAUUCCAAAACAUGAAUAUUUACCCAAAAACAAAACAAAAAAAAAUGAUGGGGGAAAAUGCUGAAAUAUUGAUGGUCACAGAUAAACGUAAAAUGUAAUUUAAAAUAAAACAAACUGGAAGGAUUGUAGGUUGUUUCUUAUGACAGUAUAUUAGGGUCAUGUCACGUAAAUGUAUUUAUUAAAUGAGGAGACCCUGAAAAUAAAAACAAAAAUAAAAUAAAAAUAAAAAAAACAUACAUUAAAACAGACUUACAAAAACUUAUGAAAAUUGGAGAUUCUGAAGUAUUAAAUGUACAAGAAAAAAAAUGUAUAUUCCCUGACAAUAAAGCUUUACAUUUAUGAGAAAUUACAAGUUUCUUCGUAUUCGUGAGUAAGAAAUCUAAUAUUGUGUGAGAUUAUAAAGGAAAAAAACGCCAAAUUCUCAGCCUUCAAAUGGUAUAAGGGGGAAAAAAAUCUAUUCUUUUUUUAAAUAUAUGAUGAAAUGGAUGAAUUUACAAAUAAAGAACUCACAAAUAUAUGAAAAAGUAGAAUAUUCUUUGACAUUUUUUUCUCUGAGUUGCAUAUGUAAUGUGAAAAAUCUCUGAGAAUUACAAAUCCAUGUUGGGUAUAAAUAUGGAUGAAGUUGUGUGAAGCUCAAUAGUCUAGUUUUGUGUUGAACUGAAAUGCCGACUAUGCUGAUAUUCUCAGAGAACAUUCCAGUCAUAGUCUUAGUUCUUGGAAUAUUACCCUCCUCCAGUUUUUUUUUAUUUUUUUAUUUCACCUACAGUGACCCUAAUAGUAGAAUUCUGACCUGCUUUGGAGGUACAAAGAAUUAAAUCUCAGCAGAGCCAAAGAGCCGCAGUUUAUAUGCUGAAGUAAAAGCGCAAUGAGUUUUAGAACUACCGACUGGAAAUGUGAAAUACUGAUAAAACAUAAAUGUAUUCACUUAACUGUGAGCAUGAUUUUAUCCAACAUCUAUAAAACACUGAUUCUUCUUCUGAUGCAGCUUAAGAAUCCACUUUGGAGGAAAAAAUGAAGUACUUAGUAAAGAAAAUAUCAAAAAAAGGCAUAAAAUAGAAAAUAUAUCAUUCACAAUGGAUGUCCAACGUGCCUACAUACAGGUUUUUAGUUUAUAAUUGACAGCUUCAGUCGUCUUCUUCUUCAGUGUGAACAGCGCCCUCCAGUGGACAAACCAGUACAGAAUAUGACGAUGUUAGAAUAAAAAAAUAAUAAUAAUUAAAGUAAUUUAAAGCUUCUCUAUUUAAUACCUACAUGUUCUUAUAUAUUUAUAAAGUAAGAGUUCUCUGCAAACAGGAUUUACCUCCACUGCUUCUGUUAAACCAGAAAACUCCAGAAAACGUGUCUUUUAGAGUGAGUAUACAAACCACUUUACUAUAGAUACUGUAGUAUUUCCUUUAAACUGCCUUUAGUACUGUUGACGUACAUACUUGAUAGCAUGAAAUAAUGCUGGUUUGUGUAGUAAAUGACUGUUAAUUACUGUAAGUGAAUGUGAAAUCGAUCAAUAUUGAGAGA